ACACCUCCCGCACAGAUCGCUUGGCUUGGACUAAAGAGCUACCUGCAGCAUGAAGGCAACAGGUGCCUUAGUGCUUCUCAGCCUGCUGCUGCUCUCUUUCUUCUCGGAUGUAGCAGGUCAAGACAUUGAAGAGAUUUGUAGAGAGUUUAUAAACAGAAAUGUGUACUGCACGAGGGAGUCCAACCCUCACUGCGGCACGGAUGGCAUCACGUAUGGAAAUAAGUGUGCCUUCUGCAAGGCAGUGCUGAGAAGUGGAGGGAAAAUAAGAUUGAAGCACCUCGGCAAAUGCUGAAUCCUCACUGUCACCAAACAGCAACAGCUGAGCCCCCGUCAGCAAUGGCUGCAGAUGCCUGCACAUGGACACGGGAGCAGCUUGCCCUCAUCUUCGCCGCCUCUGCUCAAUAAAA